AUGCGCCGGCGGGAGUCCACCGGGCAGCUCGCGAUACGGAGCCGGGGCGCGGCGGGGUCGCGGUAUGAUACGGGGCACGACACGGGCCGGGCGGGGUUUCGACCGGGCGGUCGGGACACGAGUUCCCCAUAUGGGGCGCGGUGCGGAAGCCAAGACCGGGCGAUUCCACCGGGCAGCUCGCGAGAUUUGCUUUGCGGUUGCAUUUCGGGUUCCCGGGUUGACCUUCUUGCUCAGGACAAACUCUGGAGUCCGGCUGGCAUCCCUGCUUUCCAUCCGGCGCUGAGCCGCGAUGACGUGGAGCAUGACAAGCCGCAUCCAGCGGCCCUCGAGGCAAUUGCGAGGAAGUGGAACCAGCAACUAGGCUCGGGGCUGCUGAUGGUCGGGGACUCCCCUUCGAAUGACAUUGGUUUUGGCAAAGCGGCCGGAGUGUCCACCGCUCUCGUGGACCCGAGGAGGAGGUUUCGUGACGGCGACUCCAGCUACGGUGCGGACGUCGUCAUCGACAGUCUACUUGAACUUCCACAGCUUCUUUGGAAAACAUUCGACAUUCCAGGCCCGCUGGGCUCCACCUCAGCGCAGACUCUCGCCCGAAAGUCGGAGCCUUUGCCAGAGACGGCCGCAUGUCGCGCAGCCGUUGAUGGAGACAUUGCAGCAUUGAAAGCGAUGGCGAGGGAGGACCUUCUGGCAGCAGACUCUAGCGGAAACACCCCGCUUGUUUGGGCAGCCGAUGCUGGGAAGGCAGAUGCGGUUGAGUCGCUGCUGGCAGCUGGCGUGGAAGUCAACGUGAAAGGCUACUUGGGCAACACCGCCGUGUCCCGGGCCUGCCGCCGUGGUCACGACUCGGUCCUGCGAGUUCUGUUGAGGUCCGGAACGGGCGUGGAUUUGGAUGAGCCGAACGAGAAAAUGCAAUCACCUCUUCAUUUCGCGGCAUUCAAGCAGAAGACUGAGGCUGUGAAGCUCAUGCUUGCCGCUGGGGCCAGCACCACCUCGCUGGAUCGGAAGGGCCGGACCCCCGCCGAGGACACGAGCGACCCCAACAUCCGUGAGCUGAUUCUCCAAGCGCGGGCGUCGCUUUGA